AUGGCUGCGUCCUUCCAGCCGAUCAACGUGGCAACCAACCUGCACACCAACGCGCCGUGGCGCCGUGACUACCCGUUCGGGUCGCAGUGGUUGCCGCUGGACGCCGGCCGGCUGCACUACGUCGACGAAGGCCCCGCCGACGCCGAGCGGACUCUGCUGUUCGUCCACGGGAACCCCACCUGGUCGUUCCACUGGCGGCGGCUCAUCGUCGGCUUGCGUGACGCGCACCGCUGCGUCGCCAUCGACCACCUCGGCUGCGGACUCAGCGACAAGCCGCAACGCGGGUUUCGGCUGGCCGAUCGGGUCGAGCACCUCGGCCGGCUCGUCGACGAGCUAGACCUGCGACGCGUGACGCUCGUCGCCCAAGACUGGGGCGGAGCCAUCGGCCUGGGGGCCCUGCUCGACCGGCAAGAGCGGCUCGACCGUGUGCUGCUGUUCAACACCGGCGCCUGGCCGCCGCGGUGGGUCCCGGCGCGGAUCGCGGUUUGUAAGACGCCGGUGCUCGGCAAGUUGGCGUUGCAAGGCGCCAACCUCUUCUCGCUCGCCGCCCUGCGGAUGACGCUCAACCGAACACGCCUCGACGCGGCGACCGCCGAGGCCUACCUAGCGCCGUACAACAACUGGGCGAACCGGCGGGCGGUCUACGAAUUCGUCGCCGACAUCCCUCGCAACUCGAAGCACCCGACUUGGCAGACCCUCGCGGGGAUCGAAUCGCGUCUCCCCGAACUGAAAGGGCUGCCGCUUCGAUUGGUCUGGGGCAUGCGUGACUGGUGCUUCGACCCGCGCUGCCUCGCACGGUUCCGCGAGAUCUGGCAUGACGCCGCCGCGCUCGAAGUCCACGAGCUCGCCGACGCCGGCCACUGGGUCGUCGAAGACGCGCCGGAAGAAUGCAUCGAGCAGUUGCAGUCGUUCGAGCCCUUCACGUUCGCGGCGGCUCACUUCAUCACGUACGCCGGCGACACCUGCGAGCCACUGCACGGCCACAACUACCGCGUCAGCGUCGAGAUCGACGGCCCCCUCGACGAGAACGGCUACGUACGAGACUUCGUCGCGACGCGCGACUCGUGGGCUGAGCUGAUCGGCCGGCUCGACCACCGCGUGCUGCUGCCGACCCAGCACCCCCUGAUCCGCGUUCAGCAAGCAGAAGGCCCGCUCGGCGCCGCCGAGGUCGUGGCGACGUUCCGGGAUCGUCGCUGGGUGUUUCCCGCCGACGAGUGCGCGCUGCUGCCGAUCGCCAACACCACCGCCGAGCUGAUCGCGACUUGGCUGGCCGAGCAGUGGCUCGCCGACCUGGCGAAAUCGGGCCAGGCGCCGCCGCCGAGCUUGGUGGUCGGCGUUGACGAGUGCGACGGGCAGGUCGGCGUGUGCCGGCUAGCGCGUGAAACAACCUACGUUUGCGAACCCAAGUCCUGCGCUAGCUCCCUCCCGCGCGACGAAUCGCCGCGGAGCGCCAUCGACUCCCUUGGAACUCGCCGACUAGGAACGCGUCGCAUGAAGGUCGAACACAUCAACCCGUUCCUCAAGGCGGUGACGACCACCUUCGAGACGAUGCUCGCGGCCGACGUGCAUCGCGGCGAGCUGACGCUCGGCGACCCGAAAAUCCGACAGUUCCCGGUCAGCGGCCUGAUCGGCUUGUCUGGCAAGGCGUCGGGAAUGGUUGUGAUCAAUCUGUCGGCCGAGGCCGCGUUGCAGGCGGCCUCAGCGAUGCUGAUGGAAGAACAAACCGAGUUGAACGACGACGUGCUCGACGCUAUCGGCGAGCUGGCGAACGUCAUCGCCGGCCAGGCGAAGGCCGACCUCGAGGAGUACGAUCUGUCGGUCGGCCUGCCGAGCGUCGUGACGGGCGAGGGCCACGAGAUCCGCUUCCCGUCGUCCACGCCGCCGCUGGCCGUGCCGUUCAAGACCGACUUCGGCCCGAUCCGCCUGGAGGUCGGCUUCGAACCGUCGGCCGAGCCGGGCAAGCCACCGGGGCGGACGAUCAGAGGCGAUGUGCGGCGUCGUGCCGUAUCGCUCUUCCAGGUCUCAUCCGGCGCCGCUGCGAUGUCGAACGCCCACAACGCCGCCGUUCUGUUGACCAGCUUGCCCGAGGAGCAAGCGGGUCAGCUCCUGAGCCUGAUGGAACCGCACGACGUCGAGCAGGUCUCGAUCGAGAUCGCCCGACUCGACCGGGUGUCGAACGAAGAGCAGGAGCAGGUGAUCCGCGAGUUCUCGGAGACCAACCCGGCCGCCAGCGGCGCCGGCGGCGGCUUCGACUACGCGAAGAAACUCGUCAAACAGGCGCUCGGCAAGGAUUCGGGCGACGCGAUCGACAACCUGCGGCAGUCAGUCGAGGCGCUCCCGUUCGGCUUCCUCCGGAACAUCGACAGCCAGAACAUCCUCACGUACAUCGUCGACGAGCACCCGCAGACGAUCGCCCUGAUCAUCUCGCACCUCCCCGCGUCGUUCGGGGCCGAGAUCCUGUCGGGCUUGCCCGCCGAGCGGCAGCUCGCCGUCGUCCGACGGAUGGCGACGAUGGGGCAGACCAACCCGGAGAUCAUCAAGGAGGUCGAGGCGGGGCUCGAGCGACGCAUGUCGAGCGUCAUGAGCCAGAGCUUCCAGAUGGCGGGCGGCGUCGAGUCGGUCGCCGCGAUGCUCAACGUCUCCGACCGCGCGACUGAGCGCAACCUGCUCGAAGGCCUCGGCGCCGACGACCCGGAACUCGUCGAGGAGAUCCGCCGCCUGAUGUUCGUCUUCGACGACAUCGGCCGCUUCGGGCCCAAGGAGAUGCAAACGGUCAUGAAGUCGGUCGAGAGCUCGCAGUGGGCGCUCGCCCUGAAAGGCGCCAGCCCGGAGCUGAAGGACAAGGUCCUCAGCAGCAUGUCCCAACGCGCCGCCGACAUGCUCCGCGAGGAAAUGGAGUACCUCGGCGCCGUCAAGCUGUCGGCCGUCGAGGACCAGCAGCAACAGAUCGUCGACGUGAUCCGCGGUCUAGAGGACGCCGGCGAGCUCGACCUCAACCAGUCGGGCGAGGAAGAAGAGCUGGUGCAAUGA